AUGGCUGUGUCAAACGCAAAAGAGAAAUAUGCUGACUUCCUGGUGGAUGGUGCUCAAGCAGUAUCACUAACCUUUGGUGAGUCUUGUAUUUUACUUUUAACUGUUUUUUCUAAUGCCGUUGCUAUGCUUACUGAUCGACUUUUCAGUGUCCGAUAUGAGCGAAAUGACCACAGCGCAAAGGCAUCAUCCCGAAUACGUCUACCAGCACUUCGGAGAGAAGCUGACAAUAUAGUUCGAAAAUUAAGCGAACAGCUGCCAGCUGAACAAAUGGAAAUAUUAUGCCAGACAAGCGCUAUUUUCAAGUCUCGUUUAGAUGAACAGAAAAAUUUUCGGCCUUAUGGACAGCUUCUUUCCAAAUUCACUGCUGGUAGUCGAGAGCUGCAGGUUUGGAUGGUUAAUGAAAGUUCGCCCGGAUUUGAUGCAUAUUUAGCCCGAGUUCAGACUCUUGCUUUGUGGUACAUUGAAGCUGCACAGUACACAGAUAAUGAUGAUCCACGGUGGCAGCAUUAUUUCCUAUACGAAUCAUUUAAGAAAGAUAAUGGAGUUUCGCGCGUAGCACUUGCGGGGUAUGCAUCACUUGUCAGGUUUUAUCAUUAUCCAGAUAAAAUUCGACCUAGAAUUGCCCAGAUUUUACUGCAGCCACAUUAUCAGGGCGUUGGUAUUGGUGCUAAAUUUUUGAAGGCAAUAUAUAACGAUUUAAUCCAAGACCCGAAGGUCGCAGACAUUACAGCGGAAGUUCCUGCAGAAUCUUUUAUAACAACUCGAGACUAUGUGAAUUGCUCUAACUGCAUAACACUAAAGGAAUUCCAUGCAGAUAAUCUAAAAAAAGGUUUCACAGAGGAGAUGAGAAAUGCUGCCUUAUUACGGUUUAAAAUAAAUCCAAAACAGGCACGGCGUGUUUAUGAAAUAUUGCGUUUACAUCAUAUUGGUGUUCGAGAUGAAGAAGCCAUGGAAGCAUAUCGAUUAGAUGUCAAGAAAAGACUUGAAAAACCUUUUAAACGAAGUGAACGUGACUGGAGAAAACUGUCAAGCGUUUUGGAUGAAUAUGAGUAUGCAGCAGUGGUAGCUAGUCAGAUGAGUGCAGAGCAAAAAACAGCUAAAUUGGAUCAACUUUAUGAAGAAGAACUAGCAGGCUAUCGAGCUGUUAUUAAACGAUUGAUCAAUUUUGCUAGUGGUUAA